AAUGAUAAUGAAGUACAUCAGCUUGCUUCAUUAGCUAUAGAAAUUAAAAAUGGUCUUCGAGAAGGCCACAUCAAAGGAACACCAUCUGCAUAUAUCAAGAUAUAUACAGAUUGUUGGCAACAUGAACCUGAUAGUCGACCAGAUAUUCAGCAAGUUUUUUUACGCCUAAAAGAUUUUAAUGCCAAUAAUGAUGAUGUAAAUAAAAUUAAUCAAAAUUUUAGUUUAUUAAAAGUUCAUGAAUCAACUCGUUCAGCUAAUCAAAGUGAUUCAA